UGAGCGCCGCUCCGAGCAGGCAGUCACUGCGAAACCGGUCCUCCACAAAACUACACUUGCACCGUUUUCGCACCGUUCCCCUUGUCGUACUUGUCUCUGAAUGAAGUAUAGGCUUUUUUUCUGGAUGUAGCGCCGGUUUUUGUAUCAGACGAGCUCCGGUGUUUUGUUUUUUUUGGUUUUUUUUUUUCCUACUAGUCCAAAGAAGCCACCUCCGCCUCCGGGGACCAACUGCUGCCACUUCGGCGUCGUUUUAACCACCUCUGAAAACUUACCAGCUCGGUUUGUACGGUUAAUUUUUGUUGUUUUUGUACCAGUUUAACAUUGUCUCGCUAGCUGACAACACAACGUAUCUGUUAAAGCGAGUUAAAUGCGGCUAAGUUCGAUGCUAUAGCUUCGAAAGACAGUUUCUCGACCGUGAUCAUUCAGCGACUUUUCAGUUGCUGAACACUAAAACAGAAAAACGGCUUCAGUACUGAGGUAGCAGAGGAGGAGGAAAGCCCCGAAAGUCAACGGAUAUGGAGUCGACUAAAGCUGGUGUCAUCGCCUACAUCAGCUCGGCCAGCUCUGCCUCCAGCCCAGAGUCCUGCCACAGCGACUCCUCCAACGGCAGCUACCAGUCGGCCUCGCCCCCCCGUGGCUCUUCACCGAGCCGCCGCCAGCUGGGUCAGCCGGCUGACCCCGCACUCCACGCUGAAGGCCAAAACCUCUCCGGGACCCAGAAGACGGGACGCUCCUCCUCCACUGCAAAAUGUGGCAUCACAAAAAUCAACGGCCUGGUGCUGCUGUGUAAGGUGUGUGGAGAUGUGGCCUCUGGUUUCCACUAUGGUGUCCACGCCUGUGAGGGCUGCAAGGGUUUCUUCAGGAGGAGCAUCCAGCAGAACAUCCAAUACAAGAAGUGCCUUAAGAAUGAGAGCUGCCCCAUCAUGAGGAUAAACAGGAACCGCUGCCAGCAGUGCCGCUUCAAGAAAUGCCUGAUGGUGGGAAUGUCCAGAGACUCUGUACGCUUUGGACGAAUCCCGAAGCGGGAGAAACAGCGCAUGCUGCUGGAGAUGCAGAGUGCCAUGAACAACAUGAUGAACAACAGUCAGCUGCAUAACCAGCUGCACAGCAGCCAGACGCUCCCCAUCGCCAAACCGCUGCCAGCCUGCGCCUUCAAUCCUACCUCAGAGGACGCCGGCCCCGCCCCUUCCUGCUCUCCAGCCUCUUCUCCCUGCUUGAGCCAAUCAGAUUCCAGCUCUGACCCUGAGCCCACCAUUUCCAUGGAUACCAGCCCCAGCUCGGCCUCGCCCAGUGCAUCAGACAGCAGCGAGGAGGAGGUGAUCGGCUCAGUGACCCGGGCCCAUCAGGAGACCUUCAUGUACAACCAGGAGCAGAGCAACCUGACCGCUGAGGCCCCGCCCUCCACUGCCCUGCAGAACACUGCUGUUGUAAACAACGUGACCAACCACAGGAUAGAUGAGAGGCAGGACGCCUGGAACCACCACAACAACCUGGUCACCAUGGCAACCCAGGACCCCCCCUCCACUCUGGGCCAUCAAGGGCAAGAGGACAUUGGCUGUCCCUUCAGAGGGUCCAAGAGCUCCAGCAGCCACUGUCCAGCCUACGUACACGGAGCCUUCAAAACUCAGGCAGCAGAGCCCCCUGCUCACGGGACCCACAGCCAGCCCCUGUGGAGAGGAGGAAACCGGAUGCACCUGGUUUGUCCUAUGAACAUGUCCCCACACGUGGACCCUCAGAAGUCCGGCCAUGAAGUUUGGGAGGAGUUCUCCCACAGCUUCACCCCUGCUGUCAGGGAGGUGGUGGAGUUCGCCAAGAAGAUCCCCGGCUUCAAAGACUUGACCCAGCACGACCAGGUCAGCCUGCUGAAGGCCGGCACCUUUGAGGUGCUGGUGGUUCGCUUUGCUUCCUUGUUCGACGUGAACGACCGCACCGUCACCUUUUUGGGUGGGAAGAAGUACAGCAUGGAUUCUCUGAGGGCCAUGGGCGCCGGCGACCUCCUCAACUCCAUGUUCGACUUCAGCGAGAAGCUGAUGAACCUCGGCCUUAGCGAGGAGGAGAUGAGCCUUUUCACUGCUGUGGUCCUGGUCUCUGCAGAUCGCUCGGGCAUCGAGAAUGUGAACUCCGUCGAGGCCCUGCAGGAGACGCUGAUCCGUGCGCUGCGAAGCCUCAUCAUGAAGAACCACCCCAACGAGUCGGCCAUAUUCACCAAGCUGCUGCUUAAGCUGCCCGACCUGCGCUCCCUCAACAACAUGCACUCGGAGCAGCUGCUCGCUUUCAAGGUCCAUUCCUGAAGUUGACCCCACAAACUUGAAACAACCAUGACCAGACACUGGAGGACCACUGCCUCCCUUCAACUUCUCACCCCAACACCUGCACCUCUACUCUUCCCCCAUUAGACUUUGGGUCCUUUUAAUGUUCAAGCUCAGACAUGACCUGGGGGAAGAAGCCGUUAAAAAGCUGUUGUACUGUAGGGCGUGACUGCCUAUGUGAUGGUAAUGAUGUAUACAUACAGACACACUGAUUAAUGUAUAUGUUGUUUGUGUUUGUGUGUAGAAUACUGUAUGUUUGCAGCUGUACAAAUGUUAGAAGCACUUUCCUGUAUAGUGUAGACUGGUGUCUUUGCAUUCAUAGUGCAAUACGUGACUGCUUUUGAUUUGAGCUGUAUAACAAUGAGUCAAGAAACCUUGAACACAUAAAUUUAGAUAUUUGCUGUCCUCGUGUGAUAAAGGGGAAAUGGUGAACAUAAACCCCCUGGAUACUGAAGAACUGAUGAGAGGAUUCCCUCUUGAAAAAUACAAGCAGAACAUUAGAGGAAUGUGGAAGCUGUUUUUGCAGCUUUUUGUUUGGUCACCAAGAAUGUUGUAUUAAGAGCAGCAGGCAGCACAUUGUAAUGAAUUUGAGAAGCAAAGGAAGACAAUCUAUUAUGUCAUGCAGUUUUGUUUUAUUUUUUGGUACUUGCUUAUUUGGUGUCAUUUUCUAUAUUAUUUGGGCAUUUUGACAAAUUGGACGCCUCUGUCACACUUCCAUAAGAUGGAAAUAGAAACUGAAUCAGUGAAUUGAGAAUUCUCUGGAUUUGUUUUAGCAUCUUAAGAACACUUUCCCUUCUUUUAGUUUUCUCUCUUUGAAGAUGUAUUUCUCAGAUCCCUGUGUGUGCUGUCCUGCCUGCUCAGCACAGGUCGUUUCUUAACCUACGCAUCAAGUCGGGAACUUGACGCUGCUGUCGGACUCUAGAUGCCCCCAAAAAAACAUCGACCGGAUAUCUCGCAGUCACCAGCAACUCCACCUUGCUUGAAAAGACUUAAUUUCUUCUUUUACAAAGUGUACAGACUAUAGUGUAGUUGAAUUGAGUAAAUAGAGGAUUAUUCACAUAAAAUAUGAUUGUAAUAUCACUGAAGUGAUUGUCAUUUAAGUAAAUUGAGUCGAGGUCCCAGUGAGUUGCUGGUGCAGAGUCUUUCAGUGCCAUCUCUUGUUGCGUUCAUUUCCUGUUGCUGAACUCUGAAUGUGUGGCUGUUGAUGUGGAUAUCCAGAGCUUCUGUCAUUGUGUUCACAUUGCUGACCAGUGGUUCGGUUCUCCUCUGUGAAAGGAUUGCAGUAUGCAUAGAUUUCUAAAUAAAUAUAUACAUACUAUCAUACAUACAGGACUGUAUAUCUAUAAAUAAAUUUUAUAAAUGCA